AUGGCUCCGAUGAAAAGCGUGGCCCAAGGGGUAGAGCGCCUGCCCGAAACAUUAAUGGACACCAGGACGGCUACCGCGGAGCUGGGCUGGACGGCCAAUCCCGCUUCCGGGUGGGAAGAAGUCAGCGGCUACGAUGAAAACCUAAACACCAUCCGCACCUACCAGGUGUGCAACGUCUUCGAGCCCAACCAGAACAACUGGCUGCUCACCACCUUCAUCAACCGGCGGGGGGCGCACCGCAUCUACACGGAGAUGCGCUUCACCGUGAGGGACUGCAGCAGCCUCCCCAACGUCCCCGGCUCCUGCAAGGAGACCUUCAACCUGUACUACUACGAGACCGACUCGGUCAUUGCCACCAAGAAGUCGGCCUUCUGGUCUGAAGCCCCCUACCUCAAAGUUGACACCAUCGCGGCAGACGAGAGCUUCUCCCAGGUGGACUUCGGGGGAAGGCUGAUGAAGGUCAACACGGAAGUCAGGAGCUUCGGGCCCCUCACCCGGAACGGCUUUUACCUCGCUUUCCAGGAUUACGGAGCCUGCAUGUCUCUCCUCUCCGUCCGCGUCUUCUUCAAAAAGUGCCCCAGCAUCGUGCAGAAUUUCGCCGUGUUCCCAGAAACAAUGACCGGAUCAGAGAGCACAUCCCUGGUGAUAGCCCCGGGCACGUGCAUCCCCAACGCCGAGGAGGUAGACUUCCCCAUCAAGCUGUACUGCAACGGCGACGGGGAGUGGAUGGUGCCCAUCGGACGCUGCACCUGCAAGCCUGGCUACGAGCCCGAGAACAGCGUGGCCUGCAAGGCCUGUCCCGCGGGCACGUUCAAGGCCAGCCAGGAGGCCGAGGGCUGCUCCCACUGCCCGUCCAACAGCCGCUCCCCCUCGGAGGCGUCCCCCAUCUGCACCUGCCGGACGGGCUACUACCGAGCGGAUUUCGACCCCCCGGAGGUGGCGUGCACCAGCGUCCCCUCGGGUCCCCGAAACGUCAUCUCCAUCGUCAACGAGACGUCCAUCAUCUUGGAGUGGAACCCCCCGAGGGAGACGGGCGGACGGGAUGACGUGACCUACAACAUCAUCUGCAAGAAGUGCCGGGCGGACCGCCGCAGCUGCUCCCGGUGCGACGACAACGUGGAGUUUGUGCCCCAGCAGCUGGGCCUGACCCAGUGCCGCGUCUCCAUCAGCAGCCUCUGGGCCCACACCCCCUACACCUUCGACAUCCAGGCCGUCAACGGGGUCUCCGGCAAGAGCCCCUUCCCCCCGCAGCACGUGUCGGUCAACAUCACCACCAACCAGGCCGCCCCCUCCACCGUUCCCAUCAUGCACCAGGUCAGUGCCACCGUGCGGAGCAUCACCUUGUCCUGGCCGCAGCCCGAGCAACCCAACGGCAUCAUCCUGGACUACGAGAUCCGCUACUACGAGAAGGAGCACAACGAGUUCAACUCCUCCAUGGCCAGGAGCCAGACCAACACGGCGCGCAUCGACGGGCUGCGGCCCGGCAUGGUGUACGUGGUGCAGGUGCGCGCCCGCACCGUGGCCGGCUACGGCAAGUUCAGCGGCAAGAUGUGCUUCCAGACCCUGACCGACGCUGAGGCAGUGGAAGUGACAGUCUACGGCAUAAAGGUCAUCAACGCCAUCGAGCAGGACUACCGGCUGCCGCCGCCCAUGGACUGCCCGGCCGCGCUGCACCAGCUCAUGCUGGACUGCUGGCAGAAGGACCGCAACAGCCGGCCGCGCUUCGCCGAGAUCGUCAACACCCUGGACAAGAUGAUCCGCAACCCGGCCAGCCUCAAGACCCUGGCGACCAUCACCGCCGUGCCUUCCCAGCCCCUGCUCGACCGCUCCAUCCCAGACUUCACGGCCUUCACCACCGUGGACGACUGGCUCAGCGCCAUCAAAAUGGUCCAGUACAGGGACAGCUUCCUCACCGCUGGCUUCACCUCCCUCCAGCUGGUCGCCCAGAUGACGUCAGAAGAUCUCCUGAGAAUAGGAGUCACCCUGGCGGGCCACCAGAAGAAGAUCCUGAGCAGCAUCCACUCCAUGCGAGUCCAGAUGAGUCAGUCGCCCACCUCCAUGGCGUGAGAACUCUGGCUUGCUCUCGGGAGGGCAGGAAGGAGGAGGACCCGGGGAUGGAGGAGGGGCCGGAGGUGGACCACGGUGGAACG